UUCAUUUGUGUAUAAACAAUUUUUUUCAGUGGCUAAUGGAUAAACUUGCUGCACAUUGCAAACUACCAAACAAAGCUUACCUUUCAUCAAUAGUCAAAAAAGCAUUCUUGUUUUUAUUAAAAUCAGGGGUGAGGAUGUGCUAGGUGGUUUCACCUGCUGUUUGGGUAAUGCAUUUUGUGUGCAACAUGUAAAUAUUAUGUUUAUUUUGAACACUGUCUUUUUUUUUUUCUUCUGCAGGAUGUUUCUGGUAGUUCAGUUUAUAGAUGAACAAAAAUCUGUGUCUGUUAUACCACAGAAUUGGUACAGUGAUGGCACAACCUUUUGGCCAAAUUAUACGAGCGAUCAAAGACUCAACAAAGCAGCAAGAUAUGCUGAGGAACCAGGCCCUGACUGGACCAAGCACGAUGUUAGAGUACUAAAGUCCUACGGUGCCACCUCCUUACCAGUCACUAUUGCUCUCUGAAAAUACAUCUCAACAAAUUUCCAGGAACCUUCCAAAAAUGCAAAAUACUUCUGAACUCUUCAGGCCUACUUACAGAGUGGGUCGAUGUGGAACAGAACCAAUACCUUGCACUGCUGCAGAUCUUCAUAUCCUCACAUUGCUUGAACAUGUGAAGCACCAGCUGUCACAAUUGGCUGUCAUGAUCAGUUCACUAUCUGGGCGGCUAAACAUUGAAUGCUCACCUGAUAUGCCUGAGGAGGUCCAGUUUCCUUUACAAUCAUUGGAGGAAGUGGAUGAUUUUGAAGCCUGGUUGAAACAACCAACCAAUGCUUUGAAGAAAAAGAACAUGAUUUCUGUACUGGCAUCUAUUGGAGGACAAGAUACCAAACGUGUCACUUGGAAUAUUCUUUCACAUAUUUUUGGAGAUGAUGUUGCAAAAAAGAUAAACUGGAAGGGAGUGAAUGAAAAACGGGCCUUCAGUCAAAUGGCAACCAAAACUCUAAUUAUGCGUGUAGUUCGCCAGAGUCAUGUGGCAGCCAAAGCUACAGAUGUGGACAUUAAUAAAUUUGUCAUUUGGUGGUUCAAUUUGGCAUCUGACCGUGGUGUUGGUCGCAAGGAGCGCUGCAGGAGAGUGCAGGCAGCAGUGCCUUCUGAAUCAGGACUGAUGUAA